AUGCCUUCAUUAAUUGGUGAAUGCUGGGAAGAAAAUUUUUCUUUGUGUCCAUCACGAGAUUUUCCGUUGACUAUGGCCAAUCAAAAUCGUGAGUUUUUGUUUAUACGGAUCAGUCCAACGAAGAAAAAAGGUGAAAAACAUGAAAAACGCAAGAAACAGAUUCUAAACAUAUCUUGCAUUAAUAAAAGUCAAGAUGGAAUAACUUGGGAUGACCAUGAAUUAGAUGAAAACGCUAAUAAUUAUGUUGAAAUUUCAUUGAACGGAAUGAAAAAUUAUGUGCCAGGUCGCAAGUCAGUUUAUAUUGGGAACUCAAUUCGAACUAAAAAAGAAAAAAAAAAACUUACAUCACAGAACGGACAAACAAAAUAUGUCACUUCAUUAGAAGAACGGAUUUCCAAGCUUGUAGCUGAGAAUAUCAAAAUUAAAAUUAAGUAUACUGAGGUUGUGACUGAGAACGCUGAUAUCAAGGCUGAAAAUAUAAAAUUAAAACGGGAUAAAGAAGAAAUUCCCAAACUUAGAAGAGAGAUUGCCGAAUUUAAAAAAAAGUAUACUGAAAUUGAGACCGAGUGUACAAAGCUAAAGCAGAUUAUUGAAGAUAGUUAUAGGCGUGAAGUUGAGCACGUGAAACUCAAAGAAGACACUACUAACCUCAAGGCCAAAAACGCUGAAUUUAAAGCUAGAAUUGCAAAAAUAGAACAGAAGCACUUGCGAAAUAAUGCUGUAGAUAGAUUAGAAGACGUUAAUACAAAAAAGGGUAGCCGAUCUCCUAUAGAAACUAUAUCAUCGGAAGAGAAGAAAAUUAAUGAUUUCCUGGAUAGGGUACAUAAAGAAACAAUUAGUGUCAAAAUAAGAGAAAAGAACUGGGAAAAGAAGCUUAUAUCCCAAGACUCCACUUCGAGUAAUGAUUCAGAGAUUCGCAACGUUGCCUCUUCAACUGAGCAAAAAUGA